AUGGGUGUUGUGAAGAUGCCUGCGCUUUCCGACUACUGGUCGGACCGCCUCCGAUACCCUCUCAUGGCGGACGUAAUGCCUGUAAAACGCUUCAAGAAGCUCCGAAGACUAGUACACUUCACUUCGACAGAAGACGCAACGGACAAGUUUACAAAAAUACGGCCUGCCUUUGGACUACUUCGUGGGAACUUCAGGAAGGUUGAAGAGGAAAAACAACAAUCCAUCGACGAGAUGAUGGUGCCCUACAAAGGCAAACGAGCUGGGAAGCUGCGGCAGUAUAUGAAGAAUAAACCACAUAAAUGGGGCUACAAGCUAUUUUGCGGAGGAGGAGGCCCUCAAUCUUGGAGGAAAGCUGUUGUAUACCUCUGCAGUACUCUCCAGAACCCAGAAGAAAGCGCAGUGUUCUUUGAUAACUUUUUCUGCAGUAUUGAGCUCAUAAAAUAUCUGAAAGAGACAUUUGGAACGGUGUCACUGGACACUAUACAAUCUCCAAGAAUGCGUGGAUGUCCCCUUCUAGAGGACAAGGCCCUUUUGAAGAAAGGCCGUGGACAUUAUGAUCAAAAGACAGAGAAGACCUCAGGUGUCACCAUCAUCAAAUGGGUUGACAAUAAAGUUGUGAACCUUGCGAGCAACUUUGUUGGCGUUCAGCCAGAAGGUACUGUCAAGCGCUUCUCGAAGGAGGAAUCAAAGAAAGUUGCAGUACCAUGCCCUCGAAUUGUACUGGAGUACAACAACCACAUGGGAGGCGUAGACCUCGCUGAUAUGCUAAUUGAGCUUUACAGAACACCUUUGAAAUCAAAAAGAUUUGAAGUUGUUUGCACCGUUGCUUGA